AUCUUAUCAAUCUUUUUUUUUAAACUCUGUCCGUCGAGGUGAACUUACUUGGCGAGGCUGCUAUUGAACAUGCACACAGCUUCUUAUCUCUCUGAGAGGACGAUACGGAAGUCAUAAGACUGCGGGUGUAAAGAUUGUCUUCGUACUAAAAGCUCUAGAAUGACUUCAGAAGAAAAGAAAGUUCUUCCUCAAUUGCAAGACACCGGGUACGGUUUCCCUAUCGCCAAAAUGUUUUCACUUGAAGCAUUCAAAUCGGCUUUGGAAUACAAACCCCGACCUGAUGAUUUAUUCAUUGUUACUUAUCCUAAAUGCGGAACUACCUGGGUUCAAAACAUAGUCGCCUCUAUAUUCAGGGAAGGAAAGCCUUUCACAUCUGCUUUAGAAUUUCUUUCGAACACUCCUUUCCUAGAAAUGGCCGGAGCCGAAGCUGCUAGAACAAUUAAGCGUCCAGGAGCUAUUAAAUUGCACCUUCCUUUUCAUUUAACACCCUGGUCUCCAGAAGCAAAAUACAUAUUCGUGGCUAGGAAUCCAAAAGAUUGCUGUGUGUCUUUCUAUCAUCAUACGAAGAAUAUUAUAGGUUAUAAGUUCCAGAACGGCAAAUUUGAUGAUUAUUUCGAAUUAUUUAUGGAAGGAAAAGUGGAUUUCGGUGAUUACUUUGAUACUUUAUUAUCUUGGUAUGAACAUAGGAAUGAUCCCAAUGUACUCUUCAUCACUUAUGAACAAUUAAAAAAGGACGUCAAAGGCUCUAUCUUGAAAAUUUCAAAAUUUAUGGGACCGAAAUACGAAGAAAUGUUGGAAAACGAUGAGGAAUUGUUGAAUAAUAUUAUCAAAUACAGCAGUUUUGAUUGUAUGAAAGAAAUGAUGAAUCGACAAGUGGCGGAACUUGCAGCUUUGCCUCGAGACUACGUUCUCAACCAUCCCGAUAUUCCGCAAGGAUUGAAAACUCUGCUGGGUUCUGAAGAAAAGUUUUUUGAUUCUAACCCGGAUAGUGUCACAUUUGUUCGGAAAGGUAUUGUUGGUGACUGUGA